AAAGCCAAGAACAUGCAAGACAAAUAAAUAAAACCAAGCCAAGAGGGAAAAGAAAAAUUCACUGAGAGAGAGGGAGAGAGAGGGGGGGAAGCGAAUGAGGUGGCGCCCACCGCAUGUCAGGCGCACUGGGCCAGAAGGAGAGAAGUAUGACCCUGGAGUUGAUAUGUGGGUUCCUAUAAAAUGAGAACUUGUCCUCGUGGUGUGUCUGAUAAUUGAUAAGUGGUUGAAUGUCAUUGAGUUCCAGUUAUAGCCAACUCUGGUUUUCAGUUAAACAGCUAACAACUUGGCUCGUUUUCAUUUUUGAGUUCUUUUUUUCUUUCACUUCUGUGUUUGACCUCAAAUUCGAGAUAAUUUGAUAUUUAGUGAGAGAUAAGGAGGGAAGGUGAUAGGAGUUAUGAUGGCUGGGAUUAGAUCACAAUGGAGUGGUUUGAGUUUGAGGUCGGUAGGAGCAAUUUGUGUCUGUUAUCUUGGUGUAGCUUCCAUGAUUUUUUUAGCAGAGGCAAGAUUGAAACAGGAAGGUUCACUUGACAAUGAGAGUGAAGAGGAUGAAUCUGGUUUCUUGAUGAGAGUACUCAAUUUCUUGUGGCAAAAAGGCCAAUUGGGUUAUACACAUGUUUGGCCUGAAAUGAAAUUUGGUUGGCAAAUUGUGGUGGGUAGCAUAAUUGGAUUCUUUGGAGCAGCAUUUGGAAGCGUGGGUGGUGUUGGUGGGGGUGGUAUUUUUGUUCCCAUGCUCACCUUGAUUAUUGGGUUUGACGCAAAAUCAUCGACUGCAAUAUCAAAAUGUAUGAUUACUGGUGCAGCAGCUUCAACAGUUUACUAUAAUUUAAAGCUUAGGCAUCCAACACUUGAUUUGCCCAUAAUUGACUAUGACUUGGCACUCUUGUUCCAACCAGUGCUGGUGCUGGGAAUCAGCGUUGGUGUUGCUUUCAAUGUGAUUUUUGCUGACUGGAUGAUCACAGUUCUGCUAAUUAUUCUCUUCUUAGGCACAUCAACUAAGGCUUUCUUCAAAGGUGUAGAAACAUGGAAAAAAGAAACUAUUAUAAAAAAGGAGGCAGCUAGACGAUUGGCUUCAAAUGGUGAUGGUAGUGAAGAAGUGGAAUACAAACCUCUUCCUGGAGGUCCCAGCAAUGGUGCAAGACCAGAAUCCAAUGAGUCUAAAAGAGAAGAGGUUUCUGUUCUUGAGAAUGUUCAAUGGAAGGAACUUGGAAUUCUCUUCGCUGUGUGGUUGAUUAUCCUCACAUUAGAGAUUACCAAGAAUAAUACAACAACUUGUUCAGUGGCAUAUUGGGUUUGCAAUCUAUUGCAGAUUCCAGUUGCUCUUGGGGUUUCUUCAUAUCAGGCGGUUAGCUUGUACAAAGGGCGGAGGAAGAUAGCAUCAAAGGGAGAGGCAGGCACAAAUUGGAAAGUACACCAGCUGGUUCUUUAUUGUUGCUGUGGCGUAUUGGCUGGUGUGGUUGGUGGGCUGCUUGGUCUUGGUGGAGGAUUCAUUUUGGGACCACUUUUUCUGGAGUUGGGAGUCCCUCCACAGGUGUCAAGUGCCACAGCUACAUUUGCCAUGACAUUUUCUGCAUCUAUGUCUGUCAUAGAGUAUUAUCUCUUGAAACGUUUUCCAGUUCCUUAUGCUCUAUACUUUGUCGCUGUGGCAACUGUCGCGGCCUUCAUAGGGCAGCACGUGGUAAGAAAGAUUAUCAGUAUACUAGGGAGAGCAUCUCUAAUCAUCUUCAUUCUGUCAUUCACAAUAUUUGUGAGUGCAAUAUCACUAGGUGGGGUUGGUAUAGCAAACAUGAUAGUGAAGAUUGAAAACCAUGAAUACAUGGGAUUUGAGAACAUUUGUUCCUACGAAGCGUAGUCUCGAAGACCUUUUUCCUCGGUUGUAUCAGUAGCUUUGCCAUUGCUUAUCACUUUUCUCAAGUUUCAAUUUCUGAAUCCUAGGAUUUUGAUCAAUAAAAAAAAUUUCCAGAAUGAAUAAACAUUCCUUGUGAUUCAACUUUGAAAUCCAAUCUUAAUUUUUUUAUGUUCCACGAA